AUGAUGUUCUUCCCUUUCCUUAAACAUUGUCCAUGCAUUCUUCUCUUCCUUCUCUUCACUCUCUUUUACACUUUAACAGAAGCUUAUGAUCCACUUGACCCGACCGGAAACAUCACGGUGAAAUGGGAUAUUAUAAACUGGACACCAGACGGUUAUGUCGCCGUCGUUACGAUGAACAACUUCCAACAGUAUCGUCAUAUAUCAGCGCCUGGAUGGUCAUUAGGAUGGACAUGGGCAGAGAAAGAAGUAAUAUGGAGCAUGGUGGGAGGACAGGCAACUGAACAAGGAGAUUGUUCAAAAUUUAAGGGUGACAUCCCGCAUUGCUGUAAAAGAAACCCAACUGUCGUAGAUUUACUUCCCGGAGCGCCUUAUAAUCAACAAAUUGCCAAUUGCUGCAAAGGCGGCGUACUCACCUCAUGGGCUCAGGAUCCAGCAAACGCUGUUUCGGCAUUUCAACUCAGCGUUGGUGGUGGUACAGCUGACACAACUAACGAAACCACCGUCAGACUGCCGCAGAAUUUCACCUUGAAAACACCCGGGCCAGGAUACACAUGCGGGCCGGCGAAAAUUGUGAAACCUACUAGAUUCAUAACACCAGACAAAAGGAGAGUGACUCAAGCACUUAUGACGUGGAAUGUGACAUGCACAUAUUCACAAUUUCUUGCUCAAAAAACACCAACUUGCUGUGUGGCUCUUUCAUCUUUCUAUAACGAUACUAUUGUACCGUGCCCGAGAUGUUCGUGCGGCUGUCAAGGCGACUCGGCUCAAACGGGAAGCUGUGUAGAUCCAAGUGCGCCACAUUUGGCCUCCGUUGUUUCCAGCCAAGGAAAGAAUAGUAUUACACCUUUGGUUCGAUGUACUAGUCAUAUGUGUCCGAUCCGAAUUCACUGGCACAUUAAGCUCAACUACAAGUUGUAUUGGCGAGUAAAGGUCACGAUUACUAAUUUCAAUUACCGGAUGAAUCACUCAAAUUGGAACUUGGUUGUUCAACAUCCAAACUUUGACAAUCUUACUCAAAUUUUCAGUUUCAACUACAAGUCAAUAAAUCCGUACGGCUUGAUAAAUGAUACAGCCUUGCUUUACGGAGUUAAAUUCUACAAUGAUUUCCUAAUGCAAGCUGGUCCAAUUGGUAAUGUACAAUCAGAACUACUUUUCCAAAAGAAUAAAUCAACGUUUACUUUCGAAAAAGGUUGGGCGUUUCCUCGGAGAAUCUAUUUCAACGGCGACAACUGUGUGAUGCCACCGCCUGACGCUUAUCCAUGGUUACCUAAUGCCGGUUCCAAAAUAGAGGUUUCCUUCCUUGCUUUGAUGAUGGCAUCCUUGGUGGCAAUAUUACUUCAUGCACAUUCUUAA